UCGAAACUCGAGUUGCGUGUGAAGGAAUGAGCACAUGUAUUGUAUAGAGUAUAGACCCACCCAUAUACAAAUUAUACACAGCGAGUCCAUAACGUGAGACGCUGAUUUCGGCUUUUCCACGUGAUCUCCUCCAUGCCUCCGCCCCUUUCCGUUCAUCCAACUAGCAACUACAGUAGACUGGCUCACUCGCAAUAGAAGCAGUAGUCAUACUCUCUCUCUCUCUCUCUCUCUCUCUCUCUCUCUAGACUCGCCGGUUCAAUUGUCAACAGUCAUUCAAGGGGUUCAGUUCGGAAGUAGAUCGAUUUUGUCCGGUUACACCUCCGAUAAUGAAGACAACCAAAGUACCAAUCUUGAAUCCUCCUCUUGUCACGUUUGAACAUAAGAGAGAUGCCUACGGUUUUGCAGUGAGACCUCAGCAUGUACAGAGAUACCGGGAAUAUGCAAAUAUCUACAAGGAGGAAGAGGAAGAACGAUCAGAUAGGUGGAAAGACUUUCUGGAAAGGCAAUCAGAGGGUGCUCAAUUGCCUGUAAAUGGUGGUUCUGAUAAAGCCCCAGAAGGAGAUGAUUUGAGCAGUGAGAAGCCUGGCCAUGAUGAUUUAAAACCUCAAGAAGAUGAAGUUUCUGAGACUAAGUCUCAUGGGGUCCAAAUAUGGGCUCAUAUUAGGCCAUCACUUAGAGCCAUUGAGGAUAUGAUGAAUGCUCGUGUUAAGAGAAAGAUUAGUGGGACAAAAACAGAUGAAGAUCCUGAAACUGAAAAUGUUGCUUCUGUUGAGGACUCUGAGGAUGAGUUUUAUGAUUUGGACAGGCCAGAGUCAGACACAACUCCAGAUAUCCCUGCAAGUGAUGGUGUCACUCCCUCAAUUCCAGCUGCUGAUGGCACUGCUGCCCCUCAGGAAUCUUCAAUUCCAUGGAAACAGGAAUUGGAGUUUCUUGUCCAAGGUGGAGUGCCAAUGGCUCUUAGGGGAGAGCUAUGGCAAGCUUUUGUGGGUGUCAAGGCUCGCCACAUUAAGAAUUACUAUCAGAAUCUUCUACUUUCUGAUACUAAGAAUGAUAACAAUGUGGAUCAGCAAAUUCAAGAAGUAGAUGAAGCAAGUAAGGACUCAAAGAAUGACUCCAUGAACGCACCUGAGAAAUGGAAACUUCAGAUUGAAAAGGACUUGCCUCGGACUUUUCCAGGUCACCCUGCUCUAGAUGAAGGUGGUAGAAAUGCUUUGAGACGUUUACUCACAGCAUAUGCUCGCCAUAACCCCUCUGUUGGCUACUGCCAGGCCAUGAAUUUUUUUGCUGGCUUAUUACUUCUUCUGAUGCCUGAAGAAAAUGCCUUUUGGGCUUUAAUGGGUAUUCUUGAUGAUUAUUUUGAAGGCUAUUAUUCAGAGGAAAUGAUCGAGUCUCAGGUUGACCAGCUUGUUUUUGAGGAGUUGGUGCGUGAGAGGUUUCCUAAAUUAGUUAACCACCUAGAUUACCUAGGAGUCCAAAUCGCAUGGGUCUCUGGACCAUGGUUCCUUUCUCUGUUUAUGAAUAUGCUUCCCUGGGAAAGUGUUCUUCGAGUCUGGGAUGUACUUCUAUUUCAAGGGAAUCGAGUCAUGCUUUUUCGAACAGCCCUAUCAUUAAUGGAGUUAUAUGGACCUGCAUUAGUGACAACAAAGGAUGCUGGGGAUGCAGUGACACUGCUGCAGUCACUAGCAGGGUCAACAUUUGACAGUAGUCAACUUGUUUUGACAGCUUGCAUGGGUUAUCAAAAUGUGAAUGAAGAGAGACUUGAAGACUUAAGAAACAAACAUAGGCCAGCUGUUGAAGCUGCUCUAAUAGAAAGAACAAAAGGACUUCGUAUGUGGAGGGAUUCACAGGGUAAAAUGGUAAAUGGUGCAUUGUCACGGAUGAAUUCUGGAUCUUCUAAUGCAGAUGAGUUGUAUGUGGGUGUGUCAGGGGAUGUGGAGAUUGAUUCUCUUCCAGAUCUUCAAGAACAGGUUGCAUGGCUAAAGAAUGAGCUGUGCAAAGUACUAGAGGAAAAAAGAUCUGCAAUACUCAGAGCUGAAGAGUUGGAAACUGCUUUAAUGGAGAUGGUCAAACAGGAUAAUCGUCGAGAAUUAAGUGCAAAGGUUGAACAAUUAGAGCGGGAUGUUGCUGAGCUACAACAGGCUCUUGCUGACAAACAAGAACAAGAGAAUGCCAUGAUUCAGGUUUUGAUGCGGGUAGAGCAAGAGCAAAAGGUAACAGAAGAUGCUCGCAGAUAUGCUGAGCAAGAUGCUGCAGCCCAGAGAUAUGCCACUGAAGUGCUUCAGGAAAAAUAUGAAACAGCGACUGCUUCCCUUGCUGAAAUGGAGAAGAGAGUGGUUAUGGCAGAAUCAAUGUUGGAGGCAACCUUGCAAUACCAGUCUGGCCAAACAAAAGCACAGCCUUCUCCAAGAUCUGCAAAUCAAGAUUCAUCAACAAUAAGAACAAGUCAAGAACUGACACAAGAGAUACCUGCAAGAAAGAUUAGUCUGUUAUCAAGACCAUUUGUGCUGGGGUGGCGUGACAAGAACAAGGCAAAGCCAGCAGAAGAGCAUGUGGAUGUAAAGGCCACUACAACUACCACUACCACUACUGUUGAUGAACAAAGCCCAAAACCUCUGCAAAAUAUACAGCUUGAUGUUGGUGGUGAAGAACAAAACCUUAAACUUGUGCAGGAAGAACACCAUGAUCAUAAUGGUCAUGAGAUGGAGCAGGUAUCGUUGACCACCCUUGACUCAUGAUGGAUCAUAUCAUACACUCAAGGAAAACAUCAUUAUCUUGUGUUCAUGUUGGUUUUGACUUUUGAGGGAGAAGCGUACAUUACUAGUGUUUUUUUUUCUUCUUUUAAAACAAUUUCUUUUAACUUAUAUAUAUAGCUCAUUAGCCAUUUGUUUGUUUAGUAAUUAAUAAAACCCCAGUUGGUUUUAAGAGAAAAUGUAAAAAGAGAAUUGGGAAUUAUGUAUGGUAUUGUAUCUUUAUCA